AUGCCGAAGAAAACAAGUGAUUUAUCAAAAUGGCUCAUUAGACCUGAAAAACGAACAAACGAAGAAGCAACAACAACACCUACAACGACGACACCUACAACGACAGCACCAACAAACCCGGAGAAUAAUUUUAAGGAAACAACGAGUGAUCCAUCUAAACCGAACCAACCUCGUUCUUUGAGUUUUCCAAAAACAACGUUUGGUAAAGAUCCGAAACAAAGAUCGUUUAACCCAACAUGGUUUGACAAGUUCCUCUGGUUACAUUACGACCAAAAUAAAGACGCUGCUUUCUGCUUUUCUUGUCUCAGUGCUCUUAGAAAAAGCAUGAUUUCUGCAACAAAAGCAGAGACAGUUUUUACUGAAACCGGCUACCGAAAUUGGAAAAAGGCGCUUGAAUCUGGAAGAGGAUUUUCUAAACACGAAUGUAGCGACUCCCAUAAAGAAGCCACUGAAAGACUGAUUACUGCGCCAGGUACAUCAAAGGACAUUGGUGAAAUCAUGGUAGAUAAUCUUGCAGCCACAAAGGAAAGGAAUAGACGAAUGCUGUUAAAACUGUUGCAAAGCGUUCGAUAUCUAGGGCGACAAUCACUUCCGUUUAGAGGCAAUUGGGAUGAGGAAACACAAAGCGAGUUGAAUUCGAACUUCCACCAGUUACUUUUACUCCGAUGUGAAGAUGAUAAGGAACUGAGUGCAUGGCUUGCAAAAAAGCAAAACUACACGUCACCGGCUAUUCAAAACGAAAUGCUGCGAAUCGAAGCACUUAGUAUUUUAAGUGACAUUGCAAAAAAUAUUCAGUCAGCUGAGAUUUUCACAAUCCUUGCAGAUGAAACAGGGGAUGUCUCAAAUACGGAACAACUUGUCAUUUGCAUUCGGUGGGUUGAUGAUGAAUUACAGGCUCACGAGGAGUUCAUUGGCCUCCAUCCACUACCUGAUACUAGUGCUGACCAAAUCGUUUUUUUAAUCAAAGAUAUUCUUUUACGAAUGAACUUGAAAUUAGAAAAUGCUCGCGGCCAAUGUUAUGAUGGAGCUGCAUCCAUGGCUGGUCACAGAUCUGGAGUUGCUACCCAAAUCAAAUCGUUGAAUGAAAAAUGUUUGUACACACACUGUUACGGACAUGCUUUGAAUUUAGCUGUUGGCGAUGUGAUAAAAGAAAUCUCUGAACUUAAAGAAGCGUUUGGAACUGCCUAUGAAAUAUGUAAACUUGUCAAAAAAUCGCCAAAGAGAGACACACAAUUAAAGAAUAUCAGAGAAGCAACAGGAAAUGAAUCCAAGUCGGUCCAUGAGUUUUCUCCUACACGAUGGACUGUGCGAGGUGAGGUUCUUGAAUCCUUUCUUGAAAACCAUAAGGAAUUAAUGGAGCUUUGGACAUGGUCAUUAUCGAAUGUUAAGCUUCCAGAUAUGAGAGCGAGAAUCAACGGAGUAAUGACUGUUAUGUCUAGUUUUAAUUUUGUCUUCCGCUGUUGUCUUUGUGAAACCCUAUUGAAACAUACAGAUAAUCUUUGCAGGUCUCUCCAAGGAGAUAUUUCGGCAGCAGAGGGACAGCAACGGGUGUCGGAAGUCUUAGCUGUGUUAGAGAAGAUCAGAAGCAACGAAUUGUUUGAGCUAUUUUGGGAGCGAGUUCUUGUCUGGAAAUCACAACUCGGAGUAUCUGAUCCUAAACUCCCACGAAAAAGAAAGAUGCCAGAUUAUUUUAACAAAGUAUCAGAUGGCCCUCCUGAAACAUAUCAUUUUCAUGACACUGCCAAAGAUCACUAUCGCCACGUUUACUUUGAAACUUUCGAUCUAGUUAUUAACUACAUCCAACAAAGAUUCGAUAAACCUGAUUACAAGACAUACGUCGAUCACUGGUCAGGAAUGGGAAAGUCAUCUAAAAAAGUCAUCUAG